AUGAAGUCCCAGGAAAUGCUGAUUUGCUGUUUAAUGUUAUUUCUGGCCACAGAAUGUUCUCAUAAUAGAUCCAAGAUCCACGUCAACGGUGGAGAUAAACAUCAGCAUCCUGAAGGGAAACUCAAGACUGGAAAGAUACAAGAGAAAUGCCUUGGACCUUGCCUCUCUACUUCCAACUGCAGCCAGCCCUGUGCUCAGCACUUUCGCGGAGAAAUUGGAUUCACGUGUCAUCAAAACAAGUGGCAAAAAUCAACUGAAACAUGUACAAGUCUAUCUGUGGAAACAUUAUUUAAGGACUUCAACAGUGCAUUACGCCUUUCUGUAGCAGCAGCAUCCAUCCCUCUGCACGUUCUGGACUUCCGAGCCCCAGAGCCCAUGAACAGUGUAGCCCAAGGAAUCCGAAGGAAUUGUCCAAUUGAUUUUGCCUGCAUAAUUGAUGUUGUGAAAUCAUCAGAAACCACAUCUGGAAACAUUGCAUUUAUAGUGGAAUUAUUAAGAAAUAUUUCUACAGAUUUAUCUGAUAACAUUAACCGAGAGAAAAUGAAGAGUUACAGUGAAGUGGCCAACCACAUCCUCGACAGAGCAGCCAUUUCAAAUUGGGCUUUCAUUCCAGACAAAAAUACCAGCUCGGACUUUUUGCAGUCAAUGAAUCUAUUUGCAAGGCAACUCCACGUCCAUGACAAUUCAGAAGACAUUGUGGAUGAGCUUUUCAUUCAGGCAAAAGCAUUUCGCAUCAACAACAAUACCUCAGAGAAAAAAUUCAAUUUCUCCACGAGCAUUAACAAUACGACAGAGGGUAUCAUAGGAAUGAUAGAAAUUCCCAGACAAGAGCUGUGGAAGUUGCCACCAAAUGCAUCCCAAGCCAUCACCAUAGCGUUUCCCACUUUGGGGGCCAUCCUGAAAGAAGUCCACCUGCAGAAUGCGAGUCUUCCUAGACCUGUGAAUGGUCUUGUCUUUUCGGUGAUUUUACCAGAAAGAUUGCAACAAGUCUUACUUACCUUCGAGAAGAUCAAUAAAUCCCAGAAUGCCAAGGCCCAGUGUGUUGGCUGGCACUCCAGGAAAAGGAGUUGGGACAAAAAUGUGUGUGAAACCACGUCGGAGAUCAUGAACAAAGUAAAAUGCCAGUGUAACUAUACCAACAUGGUGAUGUCCUUUUCUAUUCUAAUGUCCCCCACAUCUAUUAACAACAAAGUCCUGGACUACAUCACCUGCAUUGGGCUCAGCAUCUCCAUCUUUAGCUUGAUUCUUUGCCUGAUCAUUGAAGCCACUGUAUGGACCCGUGUGGUUGUGACAGAGAUAUCCUAUAUGCGUCAUGUGUGCAUUGUGAACAUAGCUGUGUCACUCUUGAUUGCUAAUGUGUGGUUCAUCAUAAACUCUAAAUUUCACAAAAAAGCCCGGGACUCCAACUGGUGUGUUGUGCUGACAUUUUUCAGCCACCUUUUCUACCUUUCUCUGUUUUUCUGGAUGUUCUUCAAAGCACUGCUCAUCAUUUAUGGGAUAUUGUUUGUUUUCCAUAGGAUGCUGAAGUCCCGCAUGAUGGCCAUUGGCUUUGCCAUUGGCUAUGGAUGCCCGUUGGUCAUUGCUGGCACCACAGUUGCUAUCACAGUGCCAGAGAAAGGUUACAUGAGACCCAAUGCUUGUUGGCUUAACUGGGACAAUACCAAAGCCCUUUUAGCAUUUGCCAUUCCAGCCUUGGUCAUUGUGGCUGUGAACCUUGUGGUGGUUUUGGUUGUUGCUAUCAACACUCAGAGGCCCUCUAUUGGCAGUUCCAAGUCUCAGGAUCUGGCCAUAAUUAUGAGGAUCAGCAAAAAUGUUGCCAUCCUUACCCCAUUGCUGGGACUGACCUGGGGUUUUGGAAUAGCCACACUUAUAGAAGGCACUUCCCCUGUAUUCCAUAUAAUCUUUGCCCUGCUCAAUGCUUUCCAGGGGUUUUUCAUCUUGCUGUUUGGAACCAUUAUGGACCACAAGAUAAGAGACGCUUUGCGAAUGAGGAUUUCUUCACUGAAGGGGAGAUCAAGGGCGGCAGAGAAUGCAUCAUUAAGCCCAACCAAUGGAUCUAAAUUAAUGAAUCGGUGAAAAUGAGAGGUCGCUCCAUUCCUCAUGGACAUUCCUGGUCUUGGACUGAGAGCUGAGGUCUGGGAGAGGCAGACUGGAAUGCAGGGACAACUGUGAUUCCCUGAAGACUUUCUCUUCUUAUGAGGUGUGACACUUAAAGCUGUCAGGGUGAACAUGUUCAUUGAGGAAAAAGUUAGAAUACCAUUUGAUGAUGGGACUUGAAGGAGGUAGAUAGAGCCACGAACUCUACCUAUGACUUGCAAGAGCCUGGCUUCUUGAUCAACCUUGGCAAGACUAAGUCAGCGAGCCAUUUUCUGACCUCCUGGACAAGCCUGGGUCUCUACUGGACAUUGUCUGCUUUCAUGCCCAAGGCCUGCUCUGUGGCUCCAUAGGCCCUGUCAUUGUCACUCUGAAGGGAUCUUGGGCACUUUGGGGGACAGGAGUUAGAUCCAGUUUUAGGAGUAGAGGUGGGCAUGGGCAUGGAGGAUGGGGUGGCAGCAGAAAUACUGAAGUAUUUUGGAAACAGUUGAGUCAUGGCAGGUUUCCAAAAGAUAGGAAACAGGCAAAAUAAAAGGACUUUUCAACAUGUUUAUUAUUUUAGUCUAUUUUAGACCUUGAGUAAAAUAGUUUAAAUGCUAGGACUUUAGUUUACUCAUUUGUAAAACUUAAAAAAUAUUCUUGUAGGUAUGAUUAUUAUUUGUGCAUGUGUGUG